AGAGACUAAAGAGUAAUAACAAAUAACAAUUAUUGUGAUGAUUUUGAUCACCAUAGUAACAACUUUCACAACUGUUUCAUUGAUAUGUUAUAGUGUUAUAUUUUAAAUUAUACUGACAUAUCUAGAUAAACAUUAUUGUUUAUUAAAUAUCAGGAAUCAUGACAGUAUAAUAUACUUAUUUAAAAUACAAUGUUUAGUGACAGCCCAGUGAAUGUAGUUGGGUUUAACCACACUGAGACGCAUAGAAAAGGAAAAGCUGAAAAAUCAAAUCAAUAUAAUGGACUGUUCACUGAAGACAAAUCAUGUGAUACCAUUGAUGUGAAAACUGUAGAUACGCAGACUGAUGCCAUUGAAAACAUUGAUAUUAGAAAUGUUGAUCUUGUUGCAUUAAACAGUUGUUUGGAAAAAGGCUUAAGAUUUUUAAAAACUGAAUGUAACGACUGGCCAAAAAUGACUGGUUAUUUAGAGACAACUCAAAAAGAUAUAAAUGAUGAAAAAAUUAUUAAAGUAUCUAUAAGGCAACACCCUUCAUUUGGAAUGAAAAAUAUCAGUGCAAUUAGUUGGAAUUGUAGUGGUGAUAAAUUAAUGGUAGCUACUGGUGAACAUUGCCAUACACAGUGGUGUAAUCAUUUAAAUUCAGUGUUUGUUUACUCUAUGUUGGAUUUAGAAAAAAGUGGCAGUACUGUAUCUAAUAUACUGGAAGUUACAUCUUGUAUCACAUGUUUAGCUACACAUCCAACCAAUGAACAUCUAAUAACAGCAGGAUUAUACAACGGCGAAUUGGUGAUUUGCAACACAAAUGAUAAUAUGUCUAUGGUUUACCUCGAAUGGCAUUCAGUGGCUGUAUCUGAAUCAUUGUGGUUUGUGAGAUCUGAUCAUCGUGUGGUAUUGAUAACUGCAGGAAAAGAUGGAUAUGUUUGUGUAGGAACUAUGAUAAGUGACAAAAUAAAAUUCACACAAAGAAUAUACAGGUAUUUAGUUGGGAUUCCAGGGAAAGUUGGUAUUCGGUGUUUUGAUUAUUCAAAUAGACAUUUUUUAGUAGCUCUGGAAAACGGGAAAAUCUCUAGUCACUUAUGCGAAACAACAAGAAACAUUAAAGAAGACCAAGUUUUAGAAGCUGUAGAAGUUAAAACAUACAAUGGAUAUUCAUUAAUGAUUGAAAAUAUACAAUUUUGUCACAAAAAUCCGACUACGUUUAUCAUAACACAGUUUGAUUCUACAAUACUAUUAUAUAAUGUGUAUCAAAAAGAUCCACAAAAAAUUAUUUUUAAUCGAAAACUAAUAACCAGAUUAUGUUGGAGUUUAGAAAAUGAGUUUAUAGUAUAUGUCGGUGAAGAAAAUGGAGAACUUGCAAAAAUUAAUCUGAUAAAUGGGAAAACAGAUUCAAUCAAAAAAUUUACAUUUUGCGAUAUAACUGCAAUGAAUAUUAAUCCAAAAAGAAAAAAUAUUAUUGCAAUCGGUACAAUACAAGGAGAAAUAUAUAUAAGUAAAUAUGAACAGCCAUUUAAAACUUGAAAAAAAUUAAUUUAAAUAAUAUAAAUUAUUAUGGUUUUAUAAUUGAAUGUCGGGCGGAAUGUUACUCACGGUUUUAUUAAUUAUACAAAAAUGUACUAUAUUUAUGAAAGAGAAAAAUUGUAUUUAUUUUGACUUUUUUUUGUGCUGAUAUUUUGUUUUAAAGAAAGACGUGUUUUGUUGUGGUGACAAACUAUGAUGUAAAAAGGAAUAAUUAAAUAUAUGUAGUGUACUUGUAGUAGUAUUGUUAUAAGAAUGAGAUCGUAUAAGGAAUACUAACAGCUUAGGAAUGGCUGUAUUUCAUUAUUAUUAUUAUUAUUAUUUUUUUUUUUGUUUU